ACCCCAAAGUUCCACGUAGCUAAAUUCUCAUCCUUUUGUUUAUCUCUGCAAAUCAAAAGGGGUUUCUUUUUGGCAUCAAUAAAGCAAAUUGAAGUUAGCAGAAUUUCAGUAUAAAAAGAUGUCGUCUAUUGGAACAUCAAAGGGUGUAUUAGAAAUAGUAAAAUUUGGAGUAUACGUAUCAGUUCCAAUUGGUCUCAUGUAUGUCUUCGCUAACAACAACAAGAAUCUUCAGAAAAUUAUGGGACAUCGUGAAUAUGUAGUUUAUCCUGCAGAAGCAGUAACGCCCCAAACGCCCGAGGAACUGAGGGAGAUGGCAAAGGAAAUAGCUCGAAAGAGAGAGCGGGACCAAGCAAUGAGGAACUGAGGAAACUGGAACAAGAAUGACUCGCAACCCAAGAAACAAAGAAGCGUAGAAGAAUUUGUAGGUCUGUAAGUAAUGCUUGCAGAAAGGAACAGCCAGAUGUCCUUUUUUAUCAGCCAAGAGAUGGAUGUGUGCUUACUACUUGUCUGUUCACCAAUAAGUGAGUGUAAGAAUAAAACAGUGUGGCAAAGCCAGGGACUCUAUACUGUCAUUUCUGUGCUUGAUGUAUCUUCCUUCUAGAUCCUUAUAGCAGUCAAACACUUUUACUGUGUGUGGAAAUCAAAAUCAAACAGUUUUUUCUUUGAUUA